CGGUCUGAUUCUCUAUGCGGUGUGGUUUGUCUUCAAGAGCCAAGCAAGAAAGUUUCCAGCUUCUUCUUCUUCUUCUUCUUCUUCUUCCGAGUCCAAGAAAUCAAGAACUAGAGAGAGGGAGAGAGACAAAAAAGAAAAGGAAAAAAAAAAGAAGAAGCAGAGGAGGUGAAUUCAGUGAAGAAAUCAAAUUAAGAUGAAGAGUCAGAUUGAGAUGCCACCUGGUUUCCGGUUCCACCCGACCGACGACGAGCUCGUCAACCAUUACCUGAUUCGUAAAUGCGCCUCUCAGUCGAUUGCCGUCCCGAUCAUCGCCGAGAUCGACCUCUACAAGUUUGACCCCUGGCAGCUCCCUGAGAUGGCACUGUAUGGUGAGAAGGAAUGGUACUUCUUCUCCCCGAGGGACCGGAAAUACCCCAAUGGCUCACGGCCGAACCGGGCCGCCGGAACGGGUUAUUGGAAGGCGACUGGAGCGGACAAGUCGAUUGGCCGCCCCAAGCCUCUGGGGAUCAAGAAAGCGCUGGUCUUCUAUGCCGGGAAAGCCCCCAAAGGAGUUAAAACCAAUUGGAUUAUGCACGAGUAUCGCCUCGCAAAUGUAGACCGCUCCGCCGGCAAGAAAAAUAACUUGAGGCUCGACGAUUGGGUCCUGUGUCGGAUAUACAACAAGAAAGGCAGGAUAGAGAAGUACUCGGAUGUUGACGAAAAGCCUAGAACUGCUGGAGAGUUGCAGGAGAUGCAGGAAACGGAGGUGAAGCCGGAUAUUUCGAUGUUUGGACGGAAUAUGACGAAUGAGCAAUUUCAUUACAUGGACUCAUCGGGCUCAUUCCCGAAGCUGCAUACAGACUCAAGCUGCUGCUCGGAGCAUGUGCUGUCCCCAGAAUUCACGUGUGAGAAGGAGGUCCAGAGCGAGCCAAAAUGGAACGAACUAGACGGGGCCUUGGAUUUCCAGUUCGAUUCGUUGGACAAAUUCUUGGAAGAUGUCCCGUUUGAGCCUCAGGUUUACCAGUUCCCGGCGGAACAGACCCAGGUCUCACCUCUUCAGGACAUGUUCAUGUAUCUGCAGAAGCCAUUUUGAAGAGAUUGAAAGAAGAGGGACUAUGUAGCUAUAACCAGGAUACGAGAACCCGAACUCAUUCAUCUGGAUUGACCGGUUGAGCUAACACCACCGUGAUGAUUUUAUUCAUUCAUUCGUAGAGUUCGACUCCUGGUACUCGCUAGGAAUGCAGAUGGGCAGGAUAGGAAUUAGUCGUUCCUGUUUAUAAUAUGAUCAGCUUCUUUAGGGAAACUAUUCAAAUAUUAUACUGGUAGCCAAAGUUUUUUUUUUUUC